AUGAGCUUCCCACCACCCCAUUCUGGUCAAUACCCGCAGUAUAUACCCCCACCACAGUACCAGGGUAUUCCCCCGCAGUUGCUGUACAGCAAUGUCGCGCCAUCGCCAGCGCCAUACAAUGGCUAUGGCAAGCCCGGGGUGUAUCCGCCGGGCAUGAUGCCCUAUCCCGCGUAUCCUCAACAAUAUAACCCGCCAUCGCAGCCAUCACCACAACAGCAACCUCAACAGCAUCUUCCGCCACCACUACAACCGCAAUCGCAGCCAGUACCCACUCCGCAGCCUCCGCGCCAGGCCCCUGCCCCCGCGCCCGCGCCCGCGCCUGCACCGCUUCCACCUCCACCUGUUCCUCCGCAGGAGGAGAUGCAGCAUCAGUUUGUCAACCCAGCUCAGUUGUUUGUCCAGCCGCCGCUGCCAACUGCGCCGCGAUCCCGCUACAUCCAUCCCUCCCAAUAUGGCGAACUAUCUCCCAUUUCGACUCCGGCUGCUAGUACACCUCCAAUGGCCCCGGUUGCUUCUUCAACCCCGUCACAAGCAACAACAGUUCAUGUUGCCCUUCCUCCCAGCCCUCAGCCAAACGCCCACCUUCAGCAAAGCCAGUCAAGCCUGCAUACCCAGCAACCGCAACCCAUCGUCAAGGCCGAGGCCUCACAAAUUCAACCUCAAUCUUCUCCCAAGGUAGAGCUGAAAAAACCUCCACCCACCCCACAGACCAGUGUACCGCGCCCCCAGCCAACCCCAUCGCCUAUGACGAACCACGUCCCGCAGGUGAUGAUACCAGCCCCUUCUCCGGAAGUCCAGGCGAAGAUGCAAAAACCACAUUCCAAAAAACAACAGCAGAAGCGACAGCCCAUCCAACAAACCGCCGACAAAUCGGCAAAGCCACCGAAGCCCACAAAACCUUCUGUCGAUUACCAGGUUCUGUUGUUGUCGCUGGCAGAUGAAUAUCUUAAUGCCGCCCACUCUAAUGGAACAACGACAGCGCUGGUGACCCGUGAGGCUGAUAUCGAGGAAUACUACAAACUUGUGGCAACCGGGCUUGGGUGUUUAGAGGCUGUCUUGAAGAACUGGCGACUCCAACCUCGCAAAGAAGCUCUUGUGCGACUUCGCUACGCACGAACCUUGUUUGAAGAAACCGAUAAUGACCUGGAAGCAGAGACGGCGUUGAGCAAAGGAAUCGAUCUUUGUGAGCGAAACCGUAUGCUGGACUUGAAAUAUAGCAUGCAGCACCUCAUGGCAAGGAUGCUUUACAAGACCAACCCCAAAGCUGCACUCAAGGCCGUCGAUGGCAUGAUCCAGGACGUGGAAACGUAUCGUCAUGCGGCCUGGGAAUAUGCAUUUCGAUUCCUUCGGGUGACCCUUUCAAUGUCAUCUUUCUCUCAUCAAGAUACCAUACAAGCGGUUCACCACCUGCACAAGAUUGCAGCUAUGGCCAGUCGCAACGGAGACAAAGCUGUUUCAGUCAUGUCGGCGGUUAUUGAAGCAUUGGCACACUUACAGCAAGGGACCAAUUCCGAUUCCAUCGAGCAGGCACAACGGGCAGUGGCCACGGCUCGAAGUCACCAGCUCAACGAUGAGCUCCGUCAUAUCCCUCAGCUUACAACAUUGAUCCAGAUGGUUGAUAUCUGCUGCAGUCUCUUGGAGUACGAUGUCAACCAGUCUUCGCAGAAGUUGAAAAUAAUGCAGACCCUGAUGGAUGAGACUCUGGGCGACGCCAACUGGCGCGCCGAUGGUUCAUUUUCUGUUCCUCUGACUGGGAGAUCGGCUGGUCCAUCGUCCAUUGACACAGGAGAUAUCCUGCAGGUUCAGAAUGGGACAUUGCUCUUGAGCUUCAACUGGCUUCCCCAGCAUGAUCUCUAUGCGCUUUGCUACUUUCUGAGCUCGAUCACCCUUAGUGCCAAAAACUCCUAUGAUGGCCGGAAGGCGGAGAAAUAUCUUGAUGAGGGACUUCGCAUGAUUCAAGGAAAUUUCAAGGCCCCGCAGGCAAUCUCCGAAUCAAUGGUGAAUGCUAAUCGACGAGUGGAAUGGCGGCAGUCUCUUUACUGCAACUUCCUUCUCCAACGCGUCUUCCUAGCCUGCGCUCGGACCGACUGGGAUCUUGCCAGCCAGACCCUCAAUGACCUGCGACAGUUUGCGCAGGAGCUUGGCUCAAAUCUUCCGCACAUCAUCGAAUGCUUGAUGAAAUAUGCCGCUGGUACCAUUGCACAAGCCACCGGCGAUCUCAAAGCCGCGUUGAGUAUUUUUCAAUCACCGCUUCUGUCACUCCCUCCUUCAACAAGUCGAACCACGCGGAAUGAUCCCUGUCGUGACACGCGCAUCCUUGCCGCUCUCAACACGGUUCUAAUCAUCCGUGACCCGGCGCAUCCAGCCCACUCGCAUCUUCCUGGUUUACUAUCCAUCCUCGACUCCUUUUGUCUGGUCAGCCCAAACAAAUAUAUCCAAGCGGCCUACUAUCUGGUGUGCGCCACUGUACACACCGACUCCACCAUCCAGACCAAACAAUACCUGCAACAGGCUCUCCAGUCCGCCACCACCAUCAGCAAUAGCCAGAUCACAUGCAUGACCCUCACCUUCAUGAGCUGGCGAUAUUUCCGCGGGGUGGUCGGCGAACAAGCCGAGAAAAGUUCGCGCGCCGGUCGUGCCAUGGCCAAGAGAGCCAAUGAUCGCCUAUGGGCCAGCGUGACGGACGACAUGCUUGCCGAGACCCUCGAGCGGCAGGGCAAAAGUGACGAGGCUCUGGGCGUUCGAGAAGAAGGCCAGCGCCUGAUCAUGGGACUUCCACCCGGUUUGAGACGCUCAACAUGA